AUGUCCGCAAGCAUCAAACUUUCUGAAGAAAUUCUAAAUGAUAUGAGAAAUCUUAAGCCUGUUGCAUGGGUUUAUUGGCAAGUAAUUGAACAUGCUCCUAAUGGUACUUAUGGUGAUGACUAUGGCUUGAUCGGUGCAGAUUUUAGUAAUCCAAUCACUCCUCUAGACAUACGUCUAUCAUUUUAUGGAUUUGCUCAAUACACUAAGUUCAUUCGCCCAGGAUAUCAAAUCAUUUCUUCUGAUGAUGGAGAUACUCUUGCCGCACAAGAUGCCAGCAAAAAAACGCUUGUUUUAGUUUGCACAAAUAAUAAUAAUGCAUCAGAC